AUGAUGGACAACUAAAAUUCGAUCAUAUAUCAAUGGUACGCUCAACAACAGCUGGCAUCGCCUUGACCUCCCGCCAUGCGAAUUUUUGUGCUGAGCUGUGCCAUUGCACUACUUCUCUCCGUCUGUAGUGCCGGUGCAGCAUUGACAAAUGCACAACGACUAGCUCGUGGCCUGCCAAUUUUACCUCCCAAGUUUGGUCGCUCUCUGCCAGGUUAUGCAAGGUCACCGACAGUAGCUGGAGUGAAGGACCCGUCCCCGUCGUCCGCUCCGCCUCAGACAAUUACUGGUCGGAUCCUGGUUAAGAGCCACAAUGGCAAAUCACUAGGACAUCUACAUAACAUGGCCUCAGGAAUAAAUGGCGUAAACUUUGGUGCCUCAAGCGCGGACCUGCACGUGUCGUUCACCACGUCUCGAUCUGGAAAGGGGCUUAUCGACAUACAGGCCGUCGACGCCGCAUUUCAUGGGCCUCAUUAUAUUGGGACGACCAGCAGCCACACCCUCGCCACUGGCUCCUCAACAGCCGUCGACUUUGGCAACGCCAUUAGAACACCUGUGCAUUCCCCACCCGUUCCUGCGGGCCAGCAUAAUGCGGACGAAUCAGCUAUUUGGACUUUCGAUCCCAGAACUCAUGAACUGAAGGUGCAAUACGUAAAUCCCGACGGCCAAACGGCAAAGACGAUUAUCGCUUAUAAUAUUCAUGACAACACAAUAUUCUUUGUCGGUGACAUCGGUGCUUAUAAUGCCGCUCAAGUCCAUCCUGAUCACCACGUCUCACCUAUUACAUUUUACCUUGAUUCGGCGGUUAAGAAAUGAGAGAGCAAUGAUCCAGAAAGGUUCUCUCUCUUCCACAUCUUUUAACAUUCCCUUCAUUUUCCAUGUCAAUCUUUUAAAUUUCAGUCCAAGUCGUAGGUUCACCAAAUUGGGUCUUUCAUUCGGACUUUGAAAACUGUGUUGGUCUCUAGAUCCCUGACAUUUACUUACAUACCACUUAUUCCCAACUUGAAGUUUGAGAUCUGGAAUACAUACCUAGACUGUUACUUUGAACUACUUAUACAAGAUCAAAGGAUUGAGUUCAAAUUA